AUGCUUUCCCUCAACUUGCUUGCCGUCGCCCUCGUCGGCGCUGCGUCGUCUGUCCUCGCGACCCCUGCACUUGUCAAUCGAGCUGUGACUCCUGUCAACAAGCCAUCUAUCCCAGCUGGCCCCGGCAAGACGUACUUUUACCGCGGAUGCUAUGACGAGUUGAAAGGCAUUAAUCAUACAGGUGGAAAAAACGCGCUCAACCACGACAUUACAUCUUCUCUCCCCUCGGUCACACUCGAGUCGUGUGUCGCCGGAUGCGCUGCAAAGAAUUACAAGCUCGCUGGUGUCAUGAACGGAAAAACAUGUGCAUGCGACAACGCUAUCUCCAGCAAGGCACCCAAACUGGACGACAAGGAAUGCUCGUUACCUUGCACGGGCAAUGCGGGUGAGAUUUGCGGAGGAGUAUGGCAUUAUAGCACUUACUACACCAACAAAUCUACACCGCUGCCAGUACCUACAUCACCCGCAACAGUUGGAAAAGGACCCGAUUCUUACGUUCAUCUCGGAUGUUUUGUCGACCGCGUCCAAUACCGCACCCUCGGUGGUGCGUCCUUCUCCUCGGCCAAUAUGACACCCACCGCUUGCACAAAGUUCUGCCGUGACCAAAAGUACCGCCUGGCAGGCGUAGAGCAUGGAAACGAGUGCUGGUGUGGUGUGCAUUUGGUCAGCCCCGAACUUGCCUCGCCGGCAUGUAGCGGCGAUUCGACCAGUGUCUGUGGAGACGACGACAGGAUCAAUGUCUAUGGAGCCGUUGACGAUCCAAAUGUAUUGGACCCAGCGAUUCUUGUGGGGACGAAUCUCCUCAACCAAUAUCUGAGCGUUGGGUGCUAUUCGGACAGCUACGAAAAGAGGCUAUUGGACGGUUAUAGUUUCGAGGCAGACGACAUGACUGCGACCAAAUGCGCCGUCAAUUGCUUUAGCAAAGACUACAAGUAUGCUGGAUUGGAGUUAGGCAAGCAGUGUUUCUGUGGAAAUACCGUCGACGAUUCGCAAGAGGUUGAUGGCUCGAAAUGCGACACUCCUUGCGCAGGCGACCGCGCGCACUCGUGCGGAGGCGGUCUCAGAGUGGAUCUAUACAAGAGCCUAUUGCUCUCCAUAUUCUGA